CAUCACGCUCCCAGACCCCAAUUGCUUCCUUCCAGAAUUGACCAACUUAACUUCCCCAUAACCCUCUAUUUCUUUUAAUUAUUCGUUCUCACAAGAAUUAUUCGUUCUCACAAGAUACCCCGACAGCCACCAUGGCUGCUCCUGAAAUCCCCAAUCUGCUCUCCAUGCGCGGGAACCGCUCGCGUGGCGCUGGACGUGGUAGAGGGGGGUCCUCCAGCACGAGAGGCGGGGGGCCAGACAGGGACAAAAUGAUCCGCGAGACCGAUACUGAUGCCAACGGUUCCCGACGUAGUGCAGUGGCAUGUGGUUACCUCGAAGACCCCUACGUCAGCGAGUUUGUCGCCGACUUAGGCACUGAUUCUCCUGCCCUGCGCAUGCCCGUCAUAAACAGAGGGACCUACGUACGCACCAUAGUAAUCGACCGCCUAAUUGAGAACUUUAUCAACGCGCACCCCGAGCAAAACGUCCAGGUCAUCUCCCUCGGCGCCGGCACCGACACGCGCUACUUCCGCUACCUCGACCGUGGCCACAAAGACCAGAUCCUCUACCACGAGCUCGACUUCCCCAUAAUCUCCGCCAACAAACUCGCUUUUAUCAAUCGCUCCGACAAGAUCGGGCCUCCGGGGAGCGAGUUCAACAGCCUGCGCGCGGUGCCGGACCAUGACCCAGAGAAGAAGAUGUGGGGGUACUUCACUGACGUUGAUAAGAACGCGGGGUACCUCUUCCACCCGAUAGACCUGCGAAAUCUGCCGGCGGAGAUUGAUAAUAUCCGCACCGACUUGCCUACGCUGCUUGUUUCGGAGUGCUGUCUCUGCUACCUCGCAGCCGAGCAAGCGGACGCGGUGCUCAACUUCUUCACCUCCCGCAUCCCCACCAUUGGCACCGUGAUCUACGAGCCCACCUCCCCCACCUCCGCAUUCGGCCGCGUCAUGACCUCCAACCUCGCCGCGCGCAACCUCGCCAUGCCCUCCAUCUCCACCUACGACUCUCUUGACGCGCAACUCGAGCGCCUACGGGCAGCAGGUCUAGAUAUGUUCCAAGAGGGCGCGAGUAUCAGCUGGUUGUGGGAUAACUGGAUCGAGGACGCGGAGAAGGUAAGGUUGGGGCAGAUGCAGAUGUUUGAUGAGGAGGAGGAGUGGCAGUUGCUUGGGAGGCAUUAUUUGGUUGUUUGGGGGGCGAGGGAGCAGAGGGAGACGGAGGGGGCGUUUGGGGGGUGGGAUUUUUUGGAGGGGGAGGAAGAGAGGAGGAUUAGGGAGACGGGGGAGGAGUAG